AUGGUCACACAAAUAUGGAGAGACGCACUCAGCUCAAGUUUUCCUCACAAGAGCAUUCAUGCUCUCCAAUCCUUGACUCUUGCAACUCUUUGUUGCAUCAUACGUGCAGAGCGUGAUGGAGCUAUACACUACAGAAAUAGGGCCAUUUGUCUUUCCAACCUUUUGGAACUUCACCGAGACUGUGCCCACGGCCUUAAUGGACCACUCUCAACUCUUACUCUUGAGAUGAACAAGAGGGUCUUCUGGACCCUCUACACGCUAGACUGCUUUUGCGCGGCUACGUUUAGCUUGCCAACGAUGCUGAAGACUACGGAUGUUACUGCCAGCUAUCCUUCCGAUAUUGACGACGAAUAUAUCAUUGAGAAUGGGGUUUCGCCUAGGCCUCAUGACCCAAACACUCGAAUGUCUCGGGCGCUGGCCUUGUUCAAGGCAGCUCGUGUACUCGGCGAACUCCUUGACCUGACGUGGACCACGUUUGCUCUUCCCCAAUUGCGAGAUCAGCAAACGGAGCCUCUCCAAAACAAACUCGACGUAUGGUAUGCCCAGCUGCCAUAUCACUUAUCGCUUGAGGCUGUGGUGGGGAAACCUCUUAAAUAUAUCAUAUGCAGUCACCCAUAUCUCAUGUCUAUCAUUUUCUACUAUAUCAAAUGCCAGAUUUCCCUUCGUACUAUUCGCCCUGGCCAGCGAUCAAAGGUUAAUCAUAUCUUUGGAGAAAGCCGCAAGUCCUGCGGGUGCAUUAUCAACCUCCUUAAGUGUUUUGACGAGCUUGGUUUCAGCUUUUGCUUCUGCCUUAACAAAAACAGUCUUUUGGCCUUCUGUAACGAUGUUCAAAGUUCAUCUCCGGGUAGGCUAUAUUUCACAGCCUAA